UAUACCAGCCGUCAAGGUUUGGAAACGAUCUUGCGACGUAUGGUCAUCGGAAGCGGGUACUACCCUAACAUUCAAUGGAUAGUAGGCACUGUAACAGGCGUUACGCGCGACUCUAAGCAUCCUACCCACCUACAAUCGGUCAGUGUGCGCACCACCCAGGGGCCCCAGGACAUCGAAGCCGUCUUUGUCGUGGACUGCACAGGACCCGCCAGUGCGGGCGUCAAAUGGAUUAAACGUGAAGGGUAUGGCUAUGCUGAAACGUACUCCAAAAAUGCUCUUCCUCUAGAUCAGCUCAAAUUAUCAUACGACCAAAAAAUUCGCUAUGCGACGCUAGAGUUCAGCAUUCCCCCAGCGUUAGGAAAGCGACUGCCUAUACCUGGGGGAUUCUACACUCAAGGAUCCAUCUAUACAUGUGUGGCGAGGUCUGAUAAGGACCGAUGUAGUGCUUACGCUUCCACACUUGACGGCGAUCGCUUACAGGUAUUGUGUGGUACCUGGGGUGCGGGUGAAGACCCACCCCGGACGAUACAGGCGACCAAGGAAUAUAUCCAUGCUAUGGUUCUCGACGAACGUCCACCACAAUGGUGGUUUGACAUGCUGGACUUGCUUACUGAAGUGGAAGAUAAAAUGACGUGCAGCAUCGUCCGUGUUCCCCCAACGCCUUAUAUUCGCUUUCACAAAGCCACUAAUCUACCGUCAAAUUGGGUUGCCAUUGGUGACUCCGUCAUGCGGCUUAAUCCUGUUUUUGGCCAAGGUUGUUCCAAGGCAAUGCUCGAUGUGGUAUCCCUGAAUAACGUCCUUCAUUCAAUGGCAACUUCGGAAUCUAAAGCGGGAUCCCGUCUCCCCAAGGACUUUUCGAAGCGAUUCUUCGCCGCUCAAGAGCAGAAAAUAAAGCCCUUAUGGCUGGCGACCAAAACGUUUGAUUACGGCUACGAUACUACGAUACCUAUACCUGGUGAAACCUUAUCGUCAGGAGCCUUUAUCCGUUGGUAUAUGCGCCAAUUGCAAACGCUUGCAUUUACUGACAUGGAUUUGGCUUCUACUAUGUGGCAUAUCAGCAUGAUGAUGGCGCCCGGCAUUGAUAACCUUCACCCUUUGACUGUUGUGAAGGUGUUGUGGAACUCCAUUCGUACUCAUGUCUGUACCGUAGUUGGUGCUUAGACAUAACAGCCCCUGUAUCCUUGGCCUACCUUACAUUCACAUUAUAGACCUUACCCAUUGUACUACUCAUCAA